AUGUUUGUAAGUAAGAAGUAAUUUUUUUGUUUUUAAUAUUAAAAUAGAAACACGCGUUGUAGUCCAAUGUUUUGUACUAUACAUGUAUGUUAUCUUCUUUUAGGUAUGUCUUGGAGUCUUAGGCAGCACUUUGCAUACUAUACGUAAGUUUCGAUUAAAAAGUUAUAAAAUUUUAUUAUACAGGAGUGUCGUUAUAAAGGAUUGUUAUACGGGAGUUCCACUAUAUACAUAUUUAUUUUUUUAGACGUGCCAAAUACGAGACGAGCUUUUUUGGUUAUUCCUUUACAAGUUGGUUUGACGUUUGGUGCUUUCUUGGUAAGAUCUUAGUAGUAAUUUAGACGUGACUGGGAAGAUAGUUUUUGAACCUUCCUCCCUCUCCUCCCAUUAUCCAGACUUAAAUCCCUCUCAUUAUCCGUUAGCUUUACCCUUUUGCUGGUUUAUUGUAUAACAUCAGUAAAAGACAGUUUUCAGCUUUAUUUACUUUUGCGCAAAACAUUGUUAUCUACAUAUGAAAGAAUUCGAUUUGCCAACCUUUCAAAACAAUAUCAGGUAAUACAAAGUUAAAAAAUUUUUGAUAAGAGCUUAGACCUGAAAGGGGCCAGUUAGGCGGAUCGCACUGAAAAGGCUUAUAGGAACUACAAAUCAAUGUAAUAAAUUUUAGCUACAACAAAAUAUUUGGCUUAUGCAACGCCUAAACAAAUGCUUUAUAGUUCAAUCGAUUAUUUUUACAAUAACUGAAACCUGCUUGCUUAUUAGUUUAGCGGGUGAUCAGCAACCCUUAUCAAUUUUGGGGAUUUACAAUUUUUAUUUGUUAAGCACAGCAGUUUAUUUCUUGACCCAAUCUAUAUGCUGCUUUGUGCUUGAUCGGCACACAAGACUAAAAUUUGCGAAACGUGAAAUGGUACCUAAAAACAUGUUUGGCGAAGAAGUAAUUGUGCCAAAUAAUACGGAAAAGAAUUUUCAAAUCCUUCAGGAUAUGUGGAAUGGCGCUAUUAAACAGUGACGUAACGUUUUUUUGGCUUACAACUUAAAUAAAUUUGUUGCAAUAAUCCGUGAAACAUUUUACGCAAACGUUUUACGCAGUGAAAAUUCCUUGUAGGUAUAUGGUUAUGACUUGGAUUUACAUUCUUCAACCGACAGAUUAGGUUAGCUGAUAAUUUGAUACCGUAAAUCGUAACGUAAUAUGCUGAUCGGAGCUAUUCACAUCCGCGCAACAGUUAAAUAUAGAAAUAUUGCUGUACUAAAGCUUAUAAAACAGUGGAACACUUGUAUAACGAAUCUCUUAAACACUAUUGUUAAUAGGAAAAAAUUUCGAUUCAAUCUAUAAUUUUAUCUGAUGUUAAAAAAAGAUGCGUUGUGAAAGAAGUCUGAACAAACUUAAAAUUAUUUAUUUCAAAAUGACGCUUUUUGAGUACUUUGGAAGACGUCAAUUAGCUGUUCGUUGGUUUCAACAAGGUUUGUCCUAGUUGAGACCAAUGAACGACCGUUAAUUUUAACAUAUAUAUUGAAUUACGAAAUUAUAAUUUAAUUUUUUAAUAUUUAAAUUUUUAUUUAUUGCGCUACAUGCAGUAAAUAAAAACGUAAAUUGUACUCUUUUUGCAGCCGUCACUGACGCAAAACCCUAAUUCUAGCUCUAGCUCUAAGUCUAUAUUUUGUCUUAGCUCUAGCCUGAGCCCUAGCUUUAGCUCUAGUUCUAAACUCUUUUCAAAAAAUUCAGAUUAAGCGUUCGGUAGAACAAAACGCCACGUUCAACAAGACCCCAUAUAAAUGAAGUUUAACUUACUUGGCUUUAGUAUUGGUUUGAAUGGCUAGCUAACUGUGAGCUGUUAUUUGCCGAAAAAUUCUGGGUUAAUGAAAAAUAUACACAGACCAAGAAACCGGUUAAUUUUGUAAAGUACCCUUGAAGUACAAAGAAAUAUUGUAGGUAAUGAUGAUAUUUCCGCGGAAAAAUAUUUUCUAAGUAAGGAUAAUAUGAUACUUUGUAAGUAAGGAUAAUAUGUUACGGCAAAAAAUAUAGAAAAAGCCAUUGUGUUGGGAAGUGCAGUAUUGCAAGUACAGCCAACAAUUUUUAAUUUUAAUAUUCAUGUGUAAAAUCUAUGAGAUUGGGCGCACAAGCACAAUAAUUACUACGUAUGAAAGUCAUUUACAACAGGGUUAUUAAUUAUUUUACAUACGUGGUGGACUUACAUUGACUUUUCUGUUUGUUAUUAAGGUGCUAGUUUGUGCAUUUAAACAACAAUUUACUAAGCUACAUUACUACGUUAUACUACACUGAACUAUUGUACUAAUAAGACGGAACUCUUGUAUAACACUCUUCUGUAACGAUCUUCUGUAUAACGAACUCCUGUAUAACAAACUCUUCUAUUACGAACUACUGUAUAACAAACUCUUGUAUAACGUAUCCUUUUAUAAUUAAAAAUGUCAUCUUCUGUAACUUCAAUGGGAAUUGAUAUAAAAACCGACACAACGUUAAUAUGGACACUGAACGUACUAGAACUUUUUGUACUAACGUUAUCAUCAAUAUGCUUCACAACCAGCACUUUAUUAAACCUCUGCCACCUGAAAUCCUACACGAACGCUAACAUAUUAUUCAUCAUGAACAACAUAAUCGGCAUAUCUUACUGCUUUUCACGGAUAUUAUUGUUCUUUAAUACCAACAUUUUUAUUGGAUGGUAUGGUGAGACGUUGGAAAUGGUUCUAAAGCUAAUUCGCUUGUUCGGUUUAACCUGGGGGUUUUGGUUCUUGCUACUAUUGUGUGUAGAUCAAUAUGUUACGUCUGUCAUGGCUGUACGAGAAACAUCCAGAGAAAUGCGAAUAAUUGUCAAGUGUGGAUUGUACUUGGCAUUUGUAAGGCUUUUAGGCUAAUUUUUGACGCUUUUUUUGUUAGAGACUAACUUGAAAUUGCCUGAUGACUAACAUUUUGCCAGUCCGUUUUGUAGUCUCUUAAGUUUACAAUAGUGUUUCAAUAUAAAGAAGUCCUACUGUGCAAUAACAUAUAAAAACUAUUAAUAAAAAUUUUUUUAGGUUAUAUUAAGCGCGAUAGUAUGUUCAAGUCAUUAUAUCAGUAAGUUCAUACUCUUUUUAGUGUUUUGUACAAAUACUUCCGCUCAAAAUUCGGCGAGUGGGGAAAGGAGAGAGGCGGUAGAAAGUAAACAGGGAAAAUGGAGGAAGAGGGGGAGAGCUAGAACUAGGACUGUAUCUGGGACUGGGGUUGAAACUGAAACUGGGGCCAAAGCUGAGGCUCACGCUGCGGUUAAGGCUGAAGACUAUCUUCAGCUGGAAGUAAAGCUGGAUAGCGGCUGCGAUUUCGUGAAAAGAAUUUGGCCGUUGGCAAGCAUCCGCUUCCCUGUCUUAGCUUCCAAUCCUAUUUUUGUCAAGAACCAGGAUGUAACCCGGGCUCUUAAAACUUCUACUCGCUUGACCAUACUUAAAACUAGACUUGAAACUAAAUACUUGUUUUAGAUUUGACGUCAAACGAAAAUACAGUAUUAUUCAUCAUACCACUACAGAUCAGCGAAACUGUGGGUGCAGUUUUGGUAAGAUACUUAAAUAUGUAUAUCAAUGUACUAUCUAACCUCCAAAACUUUUGUAUGACAAACGCAAAAAAAUUUUUAAAUCGUGAUGACAUACGUGAUAUUUUAGGGUUAUUUCAUUCUUCGUAGAACAUUGCUGUCGACUUUUAAAAAGCACGAUUUGCUGGGCUUUCAAAGCAGUUUCAAGUACGUUCAACUUUAUUUAUCUUGUUAUUGUAGCAAGCUAGAGCUGAGGGUAGGGAUGUGGGCUAGGACUAGAACUUUGUAAAGCAAAUGUUACUUUCAGCUACAACAGAACAUUUGGAUAA